AGCGCCUUCUUUCCUGCCCCAGGCUCUUUACUGUCUCCAUCCCGGCUGCCUUUGCGUGAGCAAGAUGGCAGCACCCAUGCCGCGGGGUUUGUCUUGCUUAUCCAGGACUUUAGGAUGGUGGUCUCGGCAGCCAGUCCUGGUGAGUCAGUCCACAGCAGUAGUUCCAGUGAGAACUAAAAAACGUUUCACACCUCCUACUUAUAAACCCAAAUACAAAUCAGAAAAGGAGUUCAUAGAAUAUGCCCGGAAAGCAGGACUGGUCAUUCCUCAAGAACAUUUGGAGCGUCCCAUACAUCUGGCCUGUACAGCUGGUAUCUUUGAUGCCUAUGUUCCUCCUGAGGGUGAUGCCCGAGUGUCAUCUCUUUCUAAGGAAGGACUGGCACAGAGAACUGAGCGAUUGAAGAAGAAUGUGGCAUCACAAUUGUCAAUCCGGAGGAUAAGAGACAGUGAUCCUAAUUUUAAAAUAAAGGACUUCCCUGAAAAAGCCCAGGAUAUCUUCAUUGAAGCUCACCUGUGUCUAAACAACUCAGACCAUGACCGGCUUCAUACCUUGGUAACUGAGAACUGUUUUCCGGACAUGGUCUGGGACAUCAAAUAUAAGACCGUCCGCUGGAGCUUCGUAGAAUCUUUAGAGCCACCCCAGGUGGUGCAGGUUCGCUGUUCAAGUCUGCUGAACCAGGGCAACAUGUAUGGCCAGAUCACCGUCCGCAUGCACACCCGGCAGACUCUAGCCAUCUAUGACCGGUUUGGCCGGUUGAUGUACGGGCAGGAAGAUGUGCCCAGAGAUGUCCUGGAGUAUGUUGUCUUUGAAAAGCAUCUGGUGAAUCCCUAUGGGAGCUGGAGAAUGCAUGGCAAGAUCAUUCCCCCAUGGGCACCCCCUAAACAGCCCAUCCUUAAGACGGUGAUGAUCCCUGGCCCCCAGUUGAAACCUUGGGAAGAGUAUGAAGAGCCACAAGGAGAGGCCCAUAAGCCUCAGCUAGUGUGAUGGCAAAACUGACUCUCCUGGGGUGAAGCAUGGGAGGUGAGGCGGCUGGAAGCUGUGAAGUCUGGGAGCUGUGAAGACAUCCAUCUUCUUCAUGCUAUAGAAAGAACUACCUUUGUCCUCCCUUGCCCUGCUUGGGUCUUUUUAGCAGUCUUAUCCUCAAUAACCAGUGCUGAUGGUUGGGCCUAGUGGGUUGGUCCUGUGCACCGCAAUGAACCCACUUCUUUUUUUAAUCUUAUAGCUAACUUCUAACUCCAGAUGAAAAAUAGUAUGUUUCAGAGAACAUCUGAUACCAGCUUUUUUUCCUGAAGCAAGAACUGUCAGGAACAAACUGGCAGAACUUUCUUUGUAAAUUACAGGGCAGGAUCAGAGUUUGAAAUAAAACACUAUCAAGUAAUGGACAAAU